CACACAUAUAGAUAUACAUCGAAUAUAUCUAUCUAUAUGUAUGUAUACACAUUAGUCUGUAUAUAAAUUAUAAAACUACUAAUUUCAUCAGGAGUUGUGGUCUUUGAAUUCGAUUCUUCGAAUCAAUCAAGAACAACUGGAAGCUAGGGUUUUGUUCAGAAGAUUCAUCGAAUUUGCUAAUUCAUGUAUCGAUUCAGCUCACACUUCAACGUUCUUCAUUACAGUUUUGCUUUAACGGUGCGGAUGAUAAUGAACCGAUGCUAAAGCUUAAGUUAUUAUUCAAGUCGCAAUUUCAUUUGACAUGAAUUCAUCAUCCACUCAAUAUCUGAACUCAAAGAGGAUGGAUGUUUAUGAACCGAUGAAUCCGUUUAGCAUGUGGGGAGAUUUUAAAGGGAAUAUUUAUCAGGAUGCAGCCAUGAUUAUAGAGGUGGAUGCGAAGCUAGAGAACCAGCUGUCAGAGGAUAAUUCACACACAACACAUGGACCUUCAAAUCCAUGUGAUCAAGAAGCAAGUAAACCAGUUGAUAAGGUUUUGAGACGCCUUGCCCAAAAUCGUGAAGCAGCUCGUAAAAGUCGGCUGAGGAAAAAGGCGUACGUCCAGCAGUUGGAAGCUAGUCGAUUGAAACUGCUUCAUCUCGAACAAGAACUUGAACAAACUAAGGCACAGUGUGCUUUAAUGCGUGGUGGGGUCAAUGCUAGUCAACUUGGAUUCCCUGGAGCUGCGACACAUGCAGGAAUUGCAGCAUUUGAGAUAGAGUAUGAGCAGUGGGUUGACUUACAAAAUAAAAAAACUAAUAAUUUGAAGACAGCAUUGAAUUCUGUUAUGGAUGAUACAGAGCUCGACAGACUCGUUCAAGACGCAUUGAAUCAUUAUGCAAAUCUUUUCAACAUUAAAGCAACCGUAGCAAAGGCGGAUGUAUGUUAUCUCAUAUCGGGUGUUUGGAAAACAUCAAUCGAGCGCCUUUUCUUAUGGAUUGGAGGCUUUCGACCUUCAGAGCUUCUCAAGGUUCUUGUACCGCAGCUUCAACUGUUGGACCAUCAAUCUCAUGAUCUGUCUAACCUUAUUCAAGCAUGUCAGCAAGCAGAAGAUUCUCUGUCACAGGGAAUGGAAAAACUCCAGCAAACUUUGGCCGAGGCCGUAGCAUGUGGUCAAGCUUUGGGAGGCGGCUGCUACGAGAUGCGUAAUGCAAUGGAUAAAUUAGAAGAGCUAGUACGCCUUGUUAUUCAGGCAGAUUACGUGCGUCACGAAACACUGCAACAGACACUACGCAACCUAACCCCCAGACAGGCUGCUCAAGGGUUAAUCUCUUUAGGCGAGUAUCUGCAACGCCUUCGUGAACUGAGUUCAGCUUGGGCUAUGAGGCUUUGUGAACCGGCCUAAUCAUGUUUUCUGAACCCACCCACCCGAGUAACGCACCGUAGUUCAUGCACGCCCCCUUGUGUAUAAAAAUGGAAUUAUUAUAGCAUCUAGUAGUAUUUCUACAGUUUUUCACCCGCCUUCCACAAUUGAGAAGUUCUGUAUUGUAUUAAUCAUGUCAAAAAGUAGCAGCCUGUAACCAGCUUUUGUUUUUUUUUUUUGUAUUUAUAUAGUUUAUAUUCUCUUCAAGAUAAUUUUUGGUCAGAAUUCAAGAUAUGGAGAUUGUCUGAUUGUUUGUGGUAUGGUUGCUAAAAGAUGUCUAGCAUAUAGCAUUAUAAUUGUGAUGUAAUAUAUAAUUAUACAACAAUUAUUAUUAAUAUCAUAACAUGUGAAACUUGAUAA